AGCGUUGGGCCUCGGCAAGGCCUCUGUCGCUGAAUUGCAGCCGGCAAUUACUGGCAGCCAUCCCAUUCGAUUCCCACGCGGCGACCCCGGCCGGGUUCCCCGCUCCCUCCACAAACUCCCUUUCCCAUCACCGUGCCCUCUCUGCUCAGCCUUCGUCUCGCCUCCGGCGCCUCGAGAUCCCACGCGCGCUGCUCCGUCGAUCGCCAGGAUGUCGUAUGGAAGGAUGUCGUCCUCGGACAGUCCAAUAGUGACAGAAAGGAAGGUCGACAAGGACAAAGAUGGAGACAACGAUGAUGAUAAGGGAGGUUUCUUCGACAAGGUUAAGGAUUUCAUCCAAGAUGUUGGCGAGAAGAUCGAGGAAGCAGUGGGCGUUGGGAAGCCUACUGCCGAUGUUACUGGGAUCCACAUCCCCCACGUCAGCCUGGAGAAGAUAGAGCUCGUUGUUGAUGUUCUGAUUGCCAACCCCAAUCCAGUCCCCAUCCCUCUUGUCGACAUCGAGUACUCGAUCGAGAGCGAAGGACGGAAGCUCGUGUCCGGAACAAUCCCUGAUGCUGGGACCAUACAUGCCCACGGUUCAGAGACUGUCAAGAUCCCCCUUUUACUGAUUUAUGAUGACAUCAGGAGCACCUACAAGGAGAUCAAGCCUGGAAGCAUCAUCCCUUACAGAGUCAAGGUCGUUCUUCACAUAGAUAUCCCUGUGCUUGGGAGGAUUUCUAUACCGCUAGAGAAAAAUGGUGAGAUCCCGGUGCCGUACAGACCGGAUGUUGACAUUGAUAAGAUCAAGUUUGAGCAGUUCUCUUUCGAAGAGUCGACCGCGACACUCCAUCUGAAUCUGGACAACAAGAAUGAUUUUGACUUGGGACUGAACUCAAUGGAUUAUGAAGUGUGGCUCGCUAAUGUGAGCAUUGCCUCUGCUGAGCUCAAAGAGUGUACUAAUAUUAAGAAACAGGAAGUAACAACUAUGAACUUACCUAUCAGCUUCAGGCCUAAGGAUUUCGGUUCUGCUAUGUGGGAUAUGAUCAGGGGAAAGGGAACUGGUUACAGCAUAAAGGGACACAUUGACGUCAACACUCCUUUCGGACACAUGAAAAUACCUAUAAGCAAAGAGGGGGGAACAACUCGUCUUAAGAAGGGGGAUGACGACGAUGAUGACAAGGACUAGAAGUGGGGGGAAUAUAUUUUUCUGAAGCAGAUAAAAAAAUAAGAAAUAUCUCUGUCUGUUUACUGUGCUAGUCAAGUGAUCAUUAUUUCAUCUUAUGAUCUCUAGUUAUAUUACCUUUCAUACAUCCACUAUUUGUUAUAUAUAAUGUUUUUUUUGUCAGUAUUCCUGAUCGUGUAACUCUCCUCUUCAAAUUGCUUUAGUUGUGUAUGGUCUUAAUUUCAAAUCAAAGACAUCAAAAAGAUGAUCAAUGA